UGCAAGCUCUGCCUCCCGGGUUCACGCCAUUCUCCUGCCUCAGCCUCCCGAGUAGCUGGGACUACAGGCGCCUGCCACCUUGCCUGGCUAAUUUUUUGUAUUUUUAGUAGAGACGAGGUUUCACCGUGUUAGCCAGGAUGGUCUCGAUCUCCUGACCUCAUGAUCCGCCCAUCUUGGCCUCCCAAAGUGCUGGGAUUACAGGUGUGAGCCACUUCACGCAGCGGUGAAACUCCAUCUCUAGUAAAAAUGCAAAAAAAGAGCGGGGUGGGGUGGCCCACACCUGUAAUCCCAGCUACUCAGGAGGCUGAAGCAGGAGAAUUGUUUGAACCCAGGAGGCGGAGGCUGCCGUGAGCCGAGAUCAUGCCACUGCUGUCCAGCCUGGGUGACAGAGCGAGACCCUGUCUCAAAACAAACAAAUAUGCAAUUCUAUAGGCCGAGGUAUUCACAGACCACAUUCAUCAAUGCAUGUUUUCAACCAACGUGUAGUGUACGUGAGGUGAGAGUUCACCUAACUUAAAACUGGAAUGUUUGUGGGAAUAUUUCAGAAACAGGAAAGCCUAGGUCCCAUGGGAGGCGUUGGGGGCUGGCUGGGUUUUGCGGCACCUUUUACCUUCCCAGCCCCUGUCCUGGACCUGAGGCCCCUCCUGAUGGGCCGGCCCUUUUCUUCCCUGCCCGAAGUGUGUGCCCAAGUCAGUUCCACCAAUGCCUCUGCUGUGGCUGCCACACCCUAAGAGGCAGCAAGGAAAGUGGGUAAGCCUGGGGUCCAGCUCUGGACCUUGGUUCAUUCACACCUUCCCACGCCCUCAGUGCUCCCUGGCGCCCACACGUGGCCUGUGCAUCCUCCUGUCGCAGCCUGCAGACCCCACACCCCUCACGCCCCAGGCUCAGCCUCAGCCUUGCAGCCUCUCGUCUCCGACGGGGGGGCCCCUCUGCACCCUGCCCUCUGCGGUGGAUGCCAGCUCCCAGCCAGAGCCAGCUAUCAGUGACUGAAGGCCCGGCAGAUGUUUGAGGGGGAGGUGGCCAGCCUGGAGGCCCUCCGGAGCACGGGCCUGGUGCGGGUGCCGAGGCCCAUGAAGGUCAUCGACCUGCCGGGAGGUGGGGCCGCCUUUGUGAUGGAGCAUUUGAAGAUGAGGAGCUUGAGCAGUCAAGCAUCAAAACUUGGAGAGCAGAUGGCAGAUUUGCAUCUUUACAACCAGAAGCUCAGGGAGAAGUUGAAGGAGGAGGAGAACACAGUGGGCCGAGGAGGUGAGGGUGCUGAGCCUCAGUAUGUGAACAAGUUCGGCUUCCACAAGGUGACAUGCUGCGGCUUCAUCCCGCAGGUGAAUGAGUGGCAGGAUGACUGGCCGACCUUUUUCGUCCGGCACCGGCUCCAGGCGCAGCUGGACCUCAUUGAGAAGGACUAUGCUGACCGAGAGGCACGAGAACUCUGGUCCCGGCUACAGGUGAAGAUCCCGGAUCUGUUUUGUGGCCUAGAGAUUGUCCCCGCGUUGCUCCACGGGGAUCUCUGGUCGGGAAACGUGGCUGAGGACGACGUGGGGCCCAUUAUUUACGACCCGGCUUCCUUCUAUGGCCAUUCCGAGUUUGAACUGGCAAUCGCCUUGAUGUUUGGGGGGUUCCCCAGAUCCUUCUUCACCGCCUACCACCGGAAGAUCCCCAAGGCUCCGGGCUUCGACCAGCGGCUGCUGCUCUACCAGCUGUUUAACUACCUGAACCACUGGAACCACUUCGGGCGGGUGUACAGGAGCCCUUCGCUGGGCACCAUGCGGAAGCUGCUCAAGUAGCAACCCCUGCCCCCCUUCCCCUGUCCCUCUGUCCCCGUCCCCCGUCCCUGUCCCCCCCGUCCCCAUCUUCCCGUCCCUCUGUCUCCGUCCCCCGUCCCCGUCCUCCCGUCCCUGUCCCAUCACCGUCCCCCGUCCCAUCACCGUCCCCCUGUCCCCUGUCCCCGUCACUCCAUCCCUGUCCCCCGUUCCCGUGUCCCCGUCCCCCUUUCCCCCCGUCCCCGUCCCCCUUUCCCCCCGUCCCUGACCCUCAUCCC